ACAGUGAAGGGUGGGGAAGGCCGCGGAGCUCGCCGCCGCCGCUGGCCGAGCUACCCUGAGAAGUUUCUGGAAAGAGGGCAACAAAGGGGACCUGAGGGGAUGAAUGGGAAGCGAGCCUUUUUCUGAGAGAAGACAGCGAAAAGUCCCAACAAAAAGUACACGGCCUUGGCCGAGUCCACGACCGACGACACACUCCCAUCCAAGGAGGAAGCGUGGGGACAGGGAGCGGACUGGGAGACGCGGAAUGGCGGGGACAUUGGAAAGAUGGAGGCGCAGCCGCCGGGGCUUGGGAGUGGCAGGGAGGCGCUGGGUCAGGGGUCCCCGAACCCCGUCCUCCUAAGCUCCUCUCCCGUGCGCGCUCUGACCUGCCCGUCUACACUCGGGGGGGACCCCGGGGUUCACGGGGAUGUGACGCGCACACGCGCGCGAGCUCAUGGACAGCGUGGGAAGGAACCCCGGCGGCGCGCGGGGACGGCGUCCUCACGGCGCCUCGGGUCCCCACGCCGCGGCCCGCCCGGCUGCCAUUUUGUAGCGCGGCCGCCAUUUCGCGCGGCCCGGGGGCGGGGGAGGGGCUCGGGGCGCGGCCCCGCGAUGGGCGUGGCCGGCGGCGGGCGCGGCCCCGGCCCCCUUUGUUCUCCGCCUGGGGGUCGCGAGGCCCCUCGGGCUCGGCUGCCGGCUCGUCUCUGCCGCCGCCGCAGUAGCGUGUGAACGGCGAGAGGCAGCCCCGGGGCGUGCGGGAUCCCGGAGCCCGUCGGAAGCGGGGUGUGUCCCCCCAUGCGGGGGAUGACGUCCUGCAUGGGGAGACUUAGAUCGCCGCGGUGGGAAGCGGCUUACGGGCGAGCCCCGCUCGGCAUCCUCCACCUCUGCAAACAAAGUCAAGUUCGGUCCGGAAAGCAACAAAGGUGCCGAAACUCCGCGGAACCGAGCACCAGGAGGCGGGGCUCGUGCAGCCCACGAGGUGGAGGAGCGCUGAGAGCUGGGCUUCCAUUGGCUGGCCCUCCGAACACAAGGCUUUCAGGGCCCCAUUCUCCCUGACCCAGAAGCCUGAACAAUAAAUAUGCUGUGAUGGCUUUCUUCUCUCGGUCGACUUCAACUUCCACUUAUUUUCAAAAAGCUUUAUGAGUUUAUUAAAAAUAAAUAAUAAAGUACGUGCCUGACAUCCAUCGCCCUUUCACUCUCCGAAAAAGCAAAUGUCUUCUUAGGAAAUACUUAAAAAUGCGAAUCUUGGUUGUGUGUAAUGCUGAAAAUUCUGGCACUGUUUCGCAAACCCAGAAAACUUGAAAAACGCUGCUAAAUUUGACUUCCAGCUUUUGUGCAGUUUUCUUCCCCCCUAAUGGUUGACGUGGUUUUUCUUCACAACAGCCUGGUAUCAUAAAGGAACCAGCCCGUCCUGACUCAUCUAUUUGUGUCUUGGCUACAGUAAACCUCUUUUUUUGUCUUCUCACUAUGUGUAAUUAUGGCGACUGCUUAUGUUUUCUGUAAUAGUGGGGUAAAGCUUAUGAUGACAGACUGAAAAGGUCAAAAC